ACUGCGCGGCCCGAGGGGGCGGCCGGGCCUCGCGCGGUCCCUGCCUGUGUCCCCGGGUCGGGGGCGGAUGGGCGGCCGCGAGCCGCGGGGCAGCAGCUGGGGUGUGCGCGGAGUCGGGGGCGGCCGGGCGGGCGAGGCCGGGGCGGCCGGGCCGAGAGCAGGCCGGCGGAGGGGAGGCGCCCGUGUCCAAGCCCGGGGCCGGGCCUGAACGCUGUGCGGGCCCCGCGCCCGCCGCCGCCGCACCAUGGCGGAGACCAAGAUCAUCUAUCACAUGGACGAGGAGGAGACGCCGUACCUGGUCAAGCUGCCCGUGGCGCCCGAGCGCGUCACGCUGGCCGACUUCAAGAACGUGCUCAGCAAUCGGCCGGUGCACGCCUACAAAUUCUUCUUCAAGUCCAUGGACCAGGACUUCGGGGUGGUCAAGGAGGAGAUCUCCGCUGACAACGCCCGGCUGCCCUGCUUCAACGGCCGUGUGGUGUCCUGGCUGGUCCUGGCCGAGGGUGCACACUCGGACACUGGUUCUCAGGCCACCGACGGCCACGGCGACCUGCCCCCGCCCCUGGAGCGGAUGGGUGGCAUUGGGGACUCCCGGCCCCCCUCUUUCCACCCGAACGUGGCCAGCAGCCGGGACGGGAUGGACAACGAGACUGGCACGGAGUCCAUGGUCAGCCACCGGCGCGAGCGAGCCCGACGCCGAAACCGGGAUGAGGCCGCCCGGGCCAAUGGGCACCCGAGGGGGGACCGGCGGCGAGACCUGGGUCUCCCCCCAGACAGCACGUCCACUGUGCUGAGCAGCGAGCUGGAGUCCAGCAGCUUCAUCGACUCUGACGAGGAGGACAACACGAGCCGGUGCGUGCUGAGCAGCUCCACGGAGCAGAGCACCUCCUCACGGCUCAUCCGGAAGCACAAGCGGCGGCGGCGGAAGCAGCGCCUGCGGCAGGCGGACCGCGCCUCGUCCUUCAGCAGCAUCACGGACUCCACCAUGUCCCUGAACAUUGUCACCGUCACGCUCAACAUGGAAAGGCACCACUUCCUGGGCAUCAGCAUUGUGGGCCAGAGCAACGACCGCGGGGACGGCGGCAUCUACAUCGGCUCCAUCAUGAAGGGCGGGGCCGUGGCUGCCGACGGCCGCAUCGAGCCGGGCGACAUGCUGCUGCAGGUGAACGAUGUCAACUUCGAGAACAUGAGCAAUGACGAUGCCGUGCGGGUGCUGCGGGAGAUUGUGUCCCAGACGGGGCCCAUCAGCCUCACGGUGGCCAAGUGCUGGGACCCAACCCCCCGGAGCUACUUCACCGUGCCCAGGGCUGACCCUGUGCGGCCCAUCGACCCGGCCGCCUGGCUGUCCCACACGGCGGCGCUGACCGGAGCCCUGCCCCGCUACGGUACGAGCCCCUGCUCCAGCGCCGUCACGCGCACCAGCUCCUCCUCACUAACCAGCUCUGUGCCUGGCGCCCCACAGCUGGAGGAGGCGCCGCUGACCGUGAAGAGCGACAUGGCCGCCGUGGUCCGGGUCAUGCAGCUGCCCGACUCCGGGCUGGAGAUCCGAGACCGGAUGUGGCUCAAGAUCACCAUCGCCAACGCCGUGAUCGGGGCGGACGUGGUGGACUGGCUGUACACGCACGUGGAGGGCUUCAAGGAGCGGCGGGAGGCGCGCAAGUACGCCAGCAGCAUGCUGAAGCGCGGCUUCCUGCGGCACACGGUGAACAAGGUCACCUUCUCCGAGCAGUGCUACUACGUCUUUGGGGACCUGUGCAGCAAUCUCGAAGCCCUGAACCUCAACAGCGGCUCCAGCGGGGCCUCGGACCAGGACACGCUGGCCCCGCUGCCCCACCCGGCUCCCUGGCCCCUGGGCCAGGGCUAUCCCUACCAGUAUCCGGGGCCCCCGCCCUGCUUCCCGCCUGCAUACCAGGACCCCAGCUUCAGCUACGGCAGCGGCAGUGCCGGGAGUCAGCAGAGUGAAGGAAGCAAAAGCAGCGGGUCUGCCCGGAGCGCAGGCGGGAGCAGCCGGCGGGCCCUGGGCCGAGAGCAGGAGCGCCGGGGGCCGGGAGCUGGGGGCAGUGGCAGCGAGUCGGACCACACAGCCCCAAGCGGAGCAGGUGGCGGCGGCUGGCGGGAGCGUCCUGCCAGCCAGCUCAGCCGUGGUGGCAGCCCACACAGCCAGGCCUCAGCCACUGCUCCGGGGCUCCCCCCACUGCACCCCCUGACGAAGGCAUACUCAGUGGUGGGUGGGCCACCUGGGGGGCCCCCCGUCCGGGAGCUGGCCGCUGUCCCCCCAGAGCUGACAGGCAGCCGCCAGUCCUUCCAGAAGGCCAUGGGGAACCCCUGCGAGUUCUUCGUCGACAUCAUGUGACCGGGAACAGUGUGCUCUCUGCUGCCCCCUGCAGGAAGGCGCUGGAGCUUGUGUGGCCCUUGCCUUGGCAGUGGCCAUCCUGGGUCAGGCCAGCCUCCCUUGUGCGCAAGGGGCCAUGCUGUGGGGUCCAGGGCCAGGCAGAGUGGGGGCAGGCUGGGGGGCAGCCACAGUCCUGUGAGCUGGACUCAGCAGCCCAGCUGCUCCUGUCAGGCCAGUGUGUCCUUGGGGACCCUGGGGAGCUGCCUCUGUGCCCCCAGGACGCCUGUUGCCCAGGGUGGUGUGCACAGGGCCCCAGGCCAGGCCAAGCGGUGGUGGCUGGGCCCGAGCCUUGCUGGCCGCCUGCAGCUCCCGCCCGCCUUGCAGGGGUGUAAUUUAUUUAUUUAUUGCUUGGCCUGUGUCCUUUGGGGGAGGUCGUGGCCAAGUCAGCCCCAUUCCGGCCGGAGCAGAGCUUGCGUGACCCCUCCGCCACCAGAUCUCUGCGUGAGUGCAGGGACACAGGUCCCAUCAGAGUACUGGGGGGGCCGGUGAGGGGUGGGUGGGAGCGGGGCACUCUCGGCAGAAGGCGGGGUAGAGCGCGUGCAUGCUCAGCUGCUGCCGGGGCAGCUCUGGGGAAGCUGGCAGCCAGUGCCCCGCCCUGCCGUCCCCAGGUCCAGCCCCAGGCACACGGCUCCCUGCCCUCGACCGGCCUGCACGCGUCUGCGCUGCUGAAGCCGUAACCAGUCAGAGUGUUGUCCGGGUAGUUGUAGAGCCACUUCUGUGCAAAUGCUAUUUUAAACACGAAAAAGCAUUUAAUUUUA